GGUGAACUUGUUCAGAGCUUACUGCACCCCUACGUACACGGCCCCCCUCUGGACGCUGACUCAAACAUUAUGGAUUCUCUUGAGUUACUGAGCCCUUACCUGUUCAGAUACAAAGGAAGGAACUUUGUGGUGCAGAAGGGGUUGAAACCAAAGGACCUUGACGCUUUCCUCCAUGUGGAUGUCCGGCCUACUGAUGUCUAUUUGAUCACAUACCCAAAGUCAGGCACAGUAUGGAUGCAGCAGAUUCUUGCUGAGAUCAUGGAUGCUGCACAUCCUGACCAGGUAGAAGACUGCAGCAAUAGGGUGCGUGUUCCUUUCCUGGAGGACCGCUGCUUGGACAAGGUUCUUGGAGAAAGGCCAGAUCCUAGGGUUUAUUGUACACACCUCCCCACUAACAUGUUGCCCCAUGGUGUGAAGACCAAGCGAAUCAAGGUUGUGUAUGUGAUGAGGAACCCGAAGGAUGUCCUGGUAUCCCUCUAUCACUUUGCUCACAGUUGGGUCCUCUUGGAAACACCAAAGAGCUUUGAGGAUUUCUUUCAGGACUUCCUUGAUGGCAAUGCUUUUAUGGGAUCGUGGUUUGAUCAUGUGAGAGAAUAUUACAAUGAAAAAGAUCAAAUGGACAUCCUUUUCGUCAGGUAUGAGGACAUGUUGAAGGACCUCCGAGGGGAAGUUGUGAAGCUUUGUGCUUUUCUUGGAAAAGAUUUGACUGAUGAAGCCAUCGAUCAUGUUGUAGAGAUGUCCAUCUUUAAAAACAUGAAGACAAUCCCCAAUGCAAACUACUUGGAAUUACUUGAAAAACAAUUCUACCAAAGGGAUACCAUGCGCAAAGGUGUGGCGGGUGACUGGAAGAAUCACUUCACAGUGGCCCAGAAUGAGUAUUUUGACCGAGUGUUCGCAGAGAGGAUGAGUGACCUGCCUCUGAGCUUCACCUGGGAGCUCAAACAGUAA